CACCUGUGAAGUGAUUGCCAAUGUUAGAAAAUUACUCGACAUCCUCAUCAUCAUCGACACUUACCUGCGCGUUGCCAUCCAUCCAUUGUCCGCCUACCCGACGACAGAACACACUUUUGAACCCGUAUACGAGCAGACGCCGUCUCCCAGAAAAACUUUACUUAUUAAUUCAAACACAUAACCACCAUCACGAUGAUGUUCCGCGCUACAGCUCUGCGCAGCGCCGCUGCCUCCGUUGCCCGUGCCGGCGCCGUCCGUCCUGUCGUCUCUUCUUCCGCCGUCGCCAGAUUAGCUACUCGCCGUGCCGCUCCCACCGCUUGGGUUCCCAGGACUGCUGCUCCGUGGACUGCCGUCCGCUGCUACGCCGCUGCUGGUGGCCUUGACAAGCCCCAGGUCGAGGGCAGGAUUAUCUCUUUGCUGCAGAAGUUUGACAAGGUCAACGACCCUUCCAAGAUCCAGCCAUCAUCGCAUUUCGCCAACGAUCUUGGCCUGGACAGCUUGGACACCGUUGAGGUUGUCAUGGCGAUCGAGGAGGAGUUCAGCAUUGAGAUCCCCGACAAGGAUGCCGACCAGAUUCACAGUGUCGACAAGGCUGUUGAGUACAUACUCAGCCAGCCCGAUGCCAACUAAACCAUUACCGCUUACGCAAACCUCUGUUACAUCUCCAACUCUGUACAAUAGAUGAAAGCAAUAUACAGGCACUAUCGGUGUUGAUUGAACUUCGUCGAUAAUUUUCAGCUCAAAACGAUAACAUAUUGUCGGCCUUGAUGGAUGGACGCAUGAGCUUCAUGCUCGGAAAAACUGUGUUCUUCGCGUUAUCAUGCACUUUAUCUUGAUCGAAUAACUUUGGCGCGCUAAAACGCGCUACGCUGUACGACUGGAAGGCAUGCCCGGAAUUCACAGGCACUCUACAUCCUGUCUAAUCUCUACUCCACUGUUGUAAGGUAUCCAGCGUUAUUGUAGGCUACGCCUUACGCAUGCCCAAUAGUCUCAGAAGCUCUGAAUUGUUUGUUACUCCUAUGUCCGGUCAACAUAUCAGCAAGUCAUACAGACGUGCUGCGCUGUUUAAUCAUUGUACAUGAUGAUCACUAUUGUCCUGAA